AUGGCCUCACUUACACCAAACAACCAUGACUACGACCACAAGGACCUCCCAAAAACACCGGCAACAAUACACCCCUCACAAUCCGAAUUGCUCAACGCCCGUCUCUCUCCGCGGAACCUCGAGCUCGCCGUCCGCCACCUCCACAGAGACGGCCUCGUCGUCGUCGCCGACGUAAUCCCGCACGCAGACCUCGACGCCCUCAACGCCAAAAUGGUCCAGGACGCACUCUACCUCCGGUCGCUGGGCGACAAAGGGCCCUUCAACUAUAAUCUGGGGAAUCUACAACAAGAUCCGCCUCCCGUGGCUGAGUACUUCUACAAGUCCAUCUUUACAAACGCCAUAGCGACGCAAAUCACCUCCUCCAUCCUAGGCCCGCGCCCAAACUGGACCUUCUGCUCCGCAAACGCCGCCAUGCCGCCAUCGCCAGACGCAAAGCCGCAACGCCAACCAGUCCACUCGGACGCAGACUUUGCCCACCCAUCCCACCCCUUCGCCCUCGUAAUCAACGUCCCCCUCGUGAAAAUGACACCCUCAAACGGCUCAACCGAGCUCUGGUUCGGCACACACGCCCCCUACACCGGCACCAUCAUCCCCUCGGGCCUAGCAGCCCAACAAGGCGCUCACGGCACCCGUGCAAGCGGCCGUAUAACCCCACCCCUCCUCGACCUCCGCCGCGCCGUCCGCCCGCCCUCGCAGCCGACGGUGGAAAAGGGGAGCAUCGUCAUCCGCGACCUGCGGCUUUGGCACGCGGGGAUGCCAAACACCACGCCAGACGUGCGCGUCAUGCUGGCCAUGAUUCAUUUUGCCGGGUGGUACCGUAACCCUAUGCGGCUGCAGUUCGCCGAGGAUGUAAGGCCUUUCCUCGAGGGGGAGACGGAGGCGGAGACGGGGAAGAGUGACUUGGAGAUACCGGUGGAUUGGACGACGAGGGAAGAGGCUUUGAAGACGUAUCUGGGGAGGGGGUUUGGGAAUAGCUACGACUUUGAUCAAGAGAAGUGA